AUGGACGAGCCAGCCACCGCUGCCAUCAACCCCUCCGGAGUACCACGAGAAGACCUGGGACGCGGAGAGCCACUCCUCGCGGCCUCGAAACAGAUCCGGAAGAGUUCAUCUCUUGCUAGAGAAGGAUGGUGGAGGGUAACAUUAACGAAUACUCCAAUACCUGGCACUUAUCACAUAAAGACUUUUAUUGAAGAGUCCCUAUUAAAUCCAGUGAAAGCAACCUACAACUUUAAAAACGAAGGGAGGAAAAGGAUACCACUUGUGCAGAGAAACGAUCCAGUCCCCACCGACCUCCCGCAGUACAAGCCUCCCGACUUCCUGGAGCUGUUGAAGAAGCAGAUGGCCUCCUAUUCGUUCAAAGACCAGCCUCGGCCAAACCCCACCACACUAGUUGACAAAGACGAGUCGCUUCAGCUUUGCCCAGGACAGUAUGAGUUACUCCCCGCACCUGUUCCCAAGAGUUCUUCCAGGAGUUUCGUAUUUCGUUCGGCAGUUCAAAGAUUCCCACCAAACUAUUUCACACCUCACGAAGGUCCGGGACCAGGUGAAUACAACUUGAAAGCACCCCCAGCAGGCUCUGUCACCUCUUGUUUUCGAUCCAAGGUUCCCCGAUUCUUGCCUGUUGGUUCUAAAACACCGGGCCCGGGAGCAUACACAGCUUCGAGACAGUUCCCUAAGCAGUCCCCAACCAUCGCCAAAAUGGGUAGAGAACACAGCCUCUUCUUCAAUAACACAAUUGGCUUUUAA